AUGUCGCGGCGAGUCGGUGACGUCAAGCGGGUUUCCUCUGCGCAGGGAUUGCUGGCCGGGGCAGCCGCGGAACUCCGAGCUCCGCUCCAAGCUGCGGAAACGGGAAUUCGGAGAUUGCACCAAUCAAUUACGCCAGCGACUCCCAUUAAACCUUCCUCAUCAUCGUCGCGCCGUUUCUCGUGGUUCCUUCCUGCUCUCGUCGGCGCACUGGCAGCCGGAGCGACUGCGGCAACUGCGCUUCAUUCGCCUCAUGCGCCCUCCCCGCUCCCAUCCGCCCAUCACGCGCAAUCCGCUGGUCCGUUUUCCGCCUUCCCCCACUACGAGUCGCGUGACUCCGCCGCCGCAGAUUCCACCCAUGCCUUCCUGCCGUUAUCUCCGCUUGAAGCUAUAGCCUCGCCUCGUUCAAGAGUUAUUCCGCGGCUGGUUCUCACCGCCGAUGCCUCUCCAACGGCUAUCCCCUUCCCCGGCCCCGACUCCCCGCCUCUGCCCGCACCUCCCCCGCAUGGAUCCCUUUCCGCGCCCCGCAGCGUGGUUGAGGGGAUUAAACGGCUGCUCCCGGGGGAAGGGGAACCUGGGGGAAAGACGGAGGCGCAGGAGGGAAGGGGAAAAGGGCCUAAGGAUGGGGAAGGAGAGUGGACGAAGGCAGUUGAGAGUGGGAAACAGGGGGGGAGUGAAGAAAGGGGAAUGGCAGGGACGGGGCAUGGGGAGGCGGAUGCGAGGGAGAAAGGGGAUGCAAGUAGUAGUGGUGGUGGGACGUGUGGGCGGAAUUGUUUGUCUCGACAUGCCAUUGCUGACGCGGCUGCAAGGGCAGCGCCUGCUGUGGUCAACCUGACAGUCAGUGUGGGGCGGGGCAUGUUCAGCGGGCAGGCGAUGGGAUCGGGGGCCAUAAUCAGGGCGGACGGGCUCAUUCUCACCAACGCGCACGUGGUGGCGGAGAUGGUCGACCCCUCCGCCUCCUCCGCGCCCUACUGGAGCUCCCGCGCCACGGUCAGGGCGCCAACGGGGGGUGGGGGGGAGGGGCGCUGGGUGGGGGGCGCUGGGGGCAUGGUGAGGGGCGCUAGGGGCAUGCUGCAGGUGACGCUGCAGGACGGACGCACGUUUGACGGCCACGUGCUGAGCUUUGACUCUCUCUCUGACAUCGCCCUCGUCAAGGUGUCAGCACUGUCACCGCUGCCGGUGGUGAAGCUGGGGUCGUCCAAGGCACUGCGGCCGGGGGACUGGGUGGUGGCAUUGGGCUCGCCUCUGCACCUCUCCAACACCGUCACUGCCGGCAUCGUCAGGUGGGCGCACCCCUUCACUGCUGCUGAAUGCGCCUUCACAUGCUGGCUGGGGCUUCAGGUGCUGCCUGCGCCCUCAGGUGCUGCUGGCUGGGGCUUCAGCUGUCGGAGUGUGUGA